ACUCCAUCUCUAUCGCAUCUCCCACCCCCCACUACCGCUGCUCUCGCCCUCUCCUCCCCCUCCCCCUCCCCCUCCAGUCCCCUCGCGAAACCCUAACUGUCUCCCCCUCCUCCUCCUCCUCCUCCUCGGGGUAGAUCUUCGCGCGGGCUCUCCCGCUGGGGCGGCACCGCGCGCGCCCCGCCGUGAUGGCGUCGGACGGCGCGCAGAUGGAGGUGGAGCGGCGGCUUCGCGACAUCGGCGCCCGCUUCACCUCGCUCCCGGACGCCGACGACGAGCUGCUCAGAUUAAUCGAGGAGGCAGAAACCUGGUUGGCCAGGGUUGACCAGUCGCCGCCGGAGAGCAUGCACAAGGCUCUCCGGCCAACAAUGAGUGCUCUGAUUAAGAAGGAGUUACUGGAUCACAGUGUCCCUGACAUAAAGCUUGCUGUUGCCUCCUGUUUAACGGAGGUUACCAGGAUCACUGCCCCGGAGGCCCCCUAUGACGAUGAUGUCAUGAAGGAUGUAUUUACCAGAGUUGUUGAGGCCUUUGAGAAGUUGGAUGAUAUGGAAAGCCCCUCCUAUGCAAGGAGGGUUGCGAUGCUUGAAACCGUUGCGAAGGUCCGGAGCUGUGUCUUGAUGCUAGAUCUUGACUGCGACGAUCUGAUACGGGACAUGUUUCACCACUUCUUCAGAACCAUAUCCAAUACUCAUCAAGAGAAUGUCAUCACCUCGAUGGAAACUGUGAUGAAGUUUGUAAUUGAUGAGAGCGAAGAUGUCCAGCAAGAUAUGCCAUCCUGCCUGCUUCAAGAUCUAGCAUCUUACCUUCUGAAGAACCUUAAAAAGGAAGAAAAAGAAACUCUUCCAGCAUCUUUCGAACUUGCAGAGAAGGUAAUUAAUAAGUGUUAUGAGAAGUUAAAGCCAGUGUUUACUCCUUUACUUCGGGGCACUCCCUUGGAUGAGUACAGCGAAGUUGUUACAUCAUUGUUCGAAGAUGCUUUAGAUGCUGGAGUAGCCGACAAUUCUGAUGCCCCUGGAAAGGAUAUGGUGGCUGAUGGGAAAUUAUCUCAUAAGAUUGUUUCAGAUGAGUCAGCUCAGGAAUCAUCAAAAUUAGAGCAAGAUGCCAAUUGCCCUGGAAAAGACGGUACUCCUCCAAACAAUACUUCCACUUCGGCGGUUAGCAAUGGUUGUGCUUUAAUAGACAGGGUCAAGUCUCCAAGUGGACCAUCCUCUUCUGAUAAGAAGGCUGAACUGCCUUCUGAUGACAAUCAGGCAAAAGACACUGAUGAUUUGAUAUCCGGUGCUAAAGAAAUACCAGAACCAAUCACCACAGAGCCUGAAAAGCCAUCUGAUCACAAUUUAAAGAAAAGCCAUAAACUUGAUACUUCCACUGAUUCUGAAGUGGUUGAUCAUUCUAAGGCUGUUAACAACAACGAGGAUAUUUUAGUCUCUAGGGAGUUAUCCCCAGAGACUGAUGAUGGGGAUAAUAAGCUGCCACCAGAGACUGGGAAUAGAGCUGCUGAUGACAAAUCGAAACAUGUUGAUAACACACCUGCUGGCAAGGGAAAGCGGGGCCGGCCUCCUGCAUCAAAGUCGCAUGAGAAGAAGAAUGUUGGAAAAGGCAAAGUAUCAGGUUUAGAGUCUAAAAAAGCUGACGCAGUUAGUGAUUCUGGUGGAAGGGCUACAAGGCGACUAGCUAAAGAUGAUGAUAUCAAGUCUUCAUUCAAAAAGACUGGUGAAGGGGAAUCUUCGAAGAAGAAGCAGAAGGAAAAUUUGAAACAGCAGGAAGAUACUCCACCCGAUGAAGACACUGAUGAGGAUCUCAGUUUAAAGGAUAUCGUAUCUCCCAAGUCUUCGGCCAAAACAGGUAAAAACAAAGGCCAGGCAGGUGACAGUGGGGGCUCAAAAAGGAAACGUGCACAGGAAGCUGAAGAGACUCCCCAGCCCAAGAAGAACAAAAUUCUUAAAGGAAAUCUUGUUGGCUCAAGAAUCAAAGUGUGGUGGCCUGAUGACAGAAAGUUCUAUAAAGGUGUUGUUGAGUCAUUUGAUGUUGCUUCAAAAAAGCACAAGGUUGUUUAUGAUGAUGGAGAUGUUGAACGCCUACACCUUAAGAAUGAAAAAUGGGAAUUCAUUGAUGAGGGGCGAGACAACAAUCCUGACGCAUCGUCUGAUAUGCCGCACGGCAGAAGGGGUAGAGUUAGCUUGGGUGAGCAAACAAAGGAAGGAAAAAUAGAAACACCCAGCAGUGGGAAACAUCGUGGCACUGAUGUCGCUGAUCCUCCCAAGAAAAGAGGACGCCCUAAAGGUGUGCGCUCCAGCAAUAGUUCACAAAAUGAUGACAGUCCUUUGAAGGGGAAAAGUGCAGAAAACGAUGAUGAAGAUAUAUCCAAGACACCUAAAAGUGGCAGUGCCCUCAAGAAUGAAGGUGGAAGAUCAUCUCGAUCCACUGGCAAGACAAAGGAUGGCCUGCUAAAGGGAAGCAACAAGGAUGAGACUGGUAACACUAAAAGCGCAAGCAAAUCAAAAAAUGAUGGUGGCAGCAAACACAAGGAUUCAAAAGAUGAAGCUAAAUCCAGCGGAUCAAAUCCAAAAGGUGCAAGCACUCCCAAAGCUGCUGAUGGAUCCAAGACAAAUGGUCUUUCGACCAAAAGAAAGCAAAAGGAGAAAGAAGGCGAGUCAUCUGAAGAGGAAGAGCAUGUGUCUGCUAAAAUUUCUACUGGAAAGAAGCGCAGAAGGAAGGCUCAUAACUAAUUUGCUCUGGCCUUGUGCAGUUCUUCCAAGGGGUACUUAUGAGGCAUGCAGUCUGAAGGUUUUUGGCAUGAGCAGCCUAGCAAUUUAUAUGGCUUCCAUCCCUUGGCUGGUUGCCUGCCAAGUCUUGCCCUAAUCGACCGUCACGAAACAGCUGGUAGUUGUAGCAGUUGCAGUGGUAGUUGUAAUGUAGGUGUUACUUUUGUUCCUUGUGGUCAGCUGUGAGCCUCUAGCAAAUAUGGUUUCUUGCUUGCUGUCGUUCAACCCUUAUUAGAUUGUAUUUUCUGCUGGAGCUAUUUGAGACGUCAAUUUUGCAGCAAGCAUGAAUGGAGAGAAAUGUCGUAGUUCAUAUCAUCA